AACAGGUUCAAUAAUCAUCAGAAACUCUGAUAACCUACUUCAGUCAAACUGACGGAGCUGAAAUGUCCCAGCUUGCGCUCGGUCCGUGAAGUAGAUGAAAAGUUGGUCAACAAGCGGCCGGUGCUGAGGAUCAGUUCCCGGGAUCACUUCUUCACUUUCAGACGAUCAUCUCCGGUUCUCCGGUUCUCUGCUCGAGAGCGGCCGGUAGAAGCGGAGCAGCGAGAUGCCGCUUCUCCACAGAAAAGCCUUCAUCCGACAGAGACCCCCGGCGGACCUGCGGCCGGAGGAGGAGGUGUUCCUCUGUAAGAUCACCCAUGAAGUCUUCAGGAGCUACGACGAGUUCUUUGAGAGGACCAUCCUGUGCAACAGUCUGGUGUGGAGCUGUGCUCUGACGGGUCGGGCGGGCCUCACUUACCUGGAGGCGGUGGAGAGUGAGCGGCGAGCAAAGCAGAGUCUCCAGAGCUUCCCUCAGUGUCUGGUGGUGCCUCUGCUCCACCUGGCCGCUCUGAGCCGACACUGCAGGCUGACGGAGCUCUGCGAGGACGUCUACACCUUCGUCAAAGACAGAUUCUUCCCAGGAGAGACCGUGGACGUGGCAGGACGCAACGGAGCCAGACAUGCGUGUGAGAUCCUGCAGGUUAAUUCUCCUCAUUCCAGUGCUAAUGGAGCACCGACCACCAAUGGCCACAACAAUCCUGUAGCUGGCGACACCAUCGUCAUCAGUGACAGCGACGACGAGAGCAACGCCUUCCAGAGUCCCACAGCACAGGUCAACAGGAAGAAGAAGAAGAAGCCUCUGAGUCCGUCAGUGUUUAAAUACACAGUGAGGAUGAUGAGGGACGAGCACAGUGAGCCGUUCACUGUCAAAGUCAAUCAGAUCAGCCGCAGGAAGACGACUCUGUCCAGAGAGAGACUGAAGCUGCUCCUCAAACAACACUGUGUACCUCAGAACGGGACCAUCGCUCUCAAGCCCUCCACAGUGAUGAAGUUCCAGCUGUCUGAACAAACCUUCUCUCAGUUCUUCCCCGACGAGCCCCCCCUGUUCUCCUUCAGCUCCCCCUCUAAAGGUGGAGGGCGUGGCUCAUCCGGACAGAUGAGUCCGUCUUUGGGGAAGGCGACAGAGGAGAAGCUGAAGCUGCUGCAGCAGAGGAAGGAGAUGGCUGCCGCGGCUACGGACAGAGCUCGUCUGAAGAAGGAGAAGGAGGAGGUGCAGGAAGCCAAGAGGAGGGAGAAGGAGGACAAGGAGAAGAUGAAGGAGGAGCAGAGGAAGAGGUUCGAGGAGGAGAAGCAGAGAAGGAGGGAGGAGAAGGAGCACAGGAAGCUGGAGAAGGAGAGGGAACGAGAGAAGCUGAAGGAGGAGAAGAAGAAAUACGCUGAGCGACUGAAACUGUGGAACAAACCCAGAGAAGACAUGGAGUGUGAAGACCUGAAGGAGCUUCCCAGUCCGGAUCCAGUGAGAACUCGACUUCCAUCAGAACUCUUUGGAGAAGCUCUGAUGAUUCUGGAGUUCCUGCGAGCCUUCGGGGAAGUCUUCGACCUGAAGGACGAGUUCCCUGAUGGAAUCUCUCUCGAGGUUCUGGAGGAGGCUCUGGUGGGUUCUGAUCCUGAAGGUCCUCUGUGUGAGCUGCUGUUCUUCUUCCUGUCGGCCAUCUUUCAGGCUCUGGACGAGGAGCAGGAGGAAGUGACCAAAGACCAGGCUGAAG